AUGGCGAGCCCUCAGUCAUACCAGCUCCGUCUUCCAGAUUUCUUCGCCUUGUGCCCGUUCAAAGCCUCCACCAACCCUUUCUACAAUCAGAUCAACGGGGAGGCCAUCGACUGGGUGAUACGCCAUAACGUACUCACGGGGGAUGCAUACGUCCGUUUUCUGCUGGGUUCCGGACCAAUGCUCAUGUCAUACUCGUACCCCCUUGCUAGCCGGGAGCACUUCAGGACGUUAUGUGACAUUGUCAACCUGCUCUUUGUUGUGGACGAGAUAAGCGACGAGCAGAGCGGCGACGACGCACGCAAGACUGGACUGAGUAUUGUCCGAGCAUUCAAAUGCGAGGAAUCAGAUAACGAUCCCACUGCCCUUGAGAAGAUGUCCAAGGAAAUCAAGAACCGCUUUUUCGAGCUCGGUAGUGAGAAUUGCUUUGAGCGAUUCGUCAAGCAAUUCGAGGCCUAUGUGGAUGCUGUGGCAAAAGAGGCGGUCUCUCGUGGGCACAGAGGCGAAGUGCUGGACAUGGACAGCUUCAUCCCUCUCCGUAGACGGAACAGCGCAGUCCUGACGCUCUUCACAUUGUUCGAGUACGCCAUGGGCGAGGACCUGCCAGACGAAGUCCACGAGGACCCCACUCUCGCCAAUAUGCGCUGCGCCGCUUGUGACAUGGUAUGGUUGUCCAACGAUAUCUACUCUUAUAAGGUGGAAGCGCGUCUCGACAUUCACUACAAUAAUUUCGUCUCCGUGGUACUAAAUGAAAGGGAAAUAAGCUUCCAGGAGGUAUUUGACUAUGCCGGAGAGUAUUAUAAAGGUCUUGUGGGUAAGUUCCUAGAGAAUAAAGUGAAGCUCCCAUCUUGGGGACCGUCGGUAGACAAGGUUGUGGCAGGCUACGUCAAAGGCCUGGAGGAUUGGGUCGUUGGAAACUUGGAAUGGAGUUUUGGGUGUCGUAGGUACUUUGAGAGUGGUAGAGACAGGAUUAGGGAGAGCUUAGUACUCGAAAUGUACUCGGAAGCGGCCUAA